GUCGCAACAUGUCAAUUAAAUUUAAUAAAAUAGUCACAGGGCCGUAUUAAUACAUAAUAUAAUCACUAUUAAUAAAGUGCUUAUUCAAUAAUAUUGCAGUAACCCACUGAAGUACCUAAUAUUGAAUACAAUAAAAACAAUAAAUACCAAUUGCUUAUUUAUUUAUGUAAUGGAAUUAUAUAAGGAAAUCAUUUUUGAAGUUACCUUAGUUUUGAUAAGUAAGAUAUAUUUAAAAAUGUUAUUUUUAUUUAAUAGUUUUAUUUUUAUAAAAUAUUUUUAAAUUAUAUUAUACUUUUACCUAAUUGUUUACUUUUAUAAAAUAGUUGGAUUAUUAGUUAUGGUAACUUCAUUUCUGGAACCCAUCCCUCGGGGUUUUUUUUGCGAUGACGAGACAAUUAAAUAUCCAUACAAACCAUCAACUAUCAGCAAAAGUUUCUUAUGUCUAUUUUAUCUUCUUCUACCAAAUCUUUUGGUAAAUAUUAUUUUAAAUUAUUAAACAACUAUUAUAGGUAUCCAAUUUAGUAAAAACUUAUAAAUUCAAAUUUUGAUAAUCAAUUAAAUAUUUAGAAGUUAGAAUUUUAUACAUUAAAUAUAGUAGUAUCAAAUAAAAAAAAUUAGAAACAUAGGGUAUGUUCUAAUUUUCUAUUUAUAUCAAUGAAUAAAAACAAAAAAAAAUGAAUAAAUAUUACACAAUUCAAAAUAAUAAUGCAAAUCUGUAAGUAUUAUUGUACAAUAGAUUUAUAUUUUAUUAACACAAAUUUCAGCAAAAUACCAUCAGAAAAUAAUAUAAAGUAGAAAAAAAACAGGUAUGCUUUUUAAUUUAUUUAACUACACAUAAUAAUAAUUCAUAUUUUAGUUAGGUUAAAAAUGUUUAAUUAUUUAUAGUUUUAAUUAUGAUUUUUCAAACAUAAAAUAUAAAAUUAAUUAUAUUUAUCAUAUAAAAUUUAAACAGUCAUUUUGAAUUAUAGAUGUGUUUGAAAUACUACUGGACCAUAUGCAAAAAUAUAAACAAUUUAUAUGUGAAUAUAAUUUAUUUUUGGUUGGGUUCUGGAUUAACCCAAAUUACAGUAAACCUUGGAAAAUAUUAUACAGGACGUUUAAGACCUCACUUCAUUUAUGUUUGUAAACCAAAUAUUGAUUGCACUUCACAAGAUCAAUACAUUUCAGAUUAUGUAUGCACAAAUCUGGAAUUAUCUGUAGUUAAUGAUUCAAGGUAAUAUACUAAGGUUAUAUACUCAAAUUGUGUAUCCAUUUAAAAUUAAACUAUUAAAAUAAUUUAAAAAUGAUUUUAAUAAUACCGUAAUUUCAGAGCAUCAUUUCCAUCAGGCCAUGCAUCUUUAGCAUUUUAUUCAACAGUAUACAUAAUAGUAAGUAUAUUCGCAAAGCAUAAUAUAGUAGUUAACAAAGAAAUGUAUUAAUUCUUCAUAUUUAAAAGUUAUAUCUACACAGUUAUAAGAAAAAUAUUGCAUGGGUUAUAAUUGAAUUUGCAAUAUUUGCAUCUGCUUGGUACACAACAUUGACUAGAAUUACUGAUAACAUGCAUCAUUUCACUGAUGUAUUGGCAGGUUCAAUUAUUGGUACAACAUUUGCUAUUUUAAUGGUAAAUAUCCUUAAGUAUUAUUAAAGCAUAAAUACAAAAUAUUUAUUUUUAAAAUAUAUAGAUGUGUGAAGUGAAAAAACGGACGACUCAAGCAAAAAUUGAUUCAGAUGACUAACAUAAAAAUAAUUCAAUACAAUUAUUUAUUUUAUUUAUUUAGUUGUAGAUAAUUAUAUCACCAAAGUUAAUGAUUCAAUAUAUGAAAUAAGUCAUUGUCAAGUUGAGCUAGUUGUUUAAGAAAUCCAUCAUUAGGUUGUAUAUAUCUUGCUUUUUUUACCUUUUCUACUGCAUCUUUAGCUCUUAAUCGUUUUUUGAUCAUUAAAUACGCAAUUGCAAUUGUUGCUGAUCUUGAAAUACCCAUAAUGCAAUGAAUCAAAAUUUUACCUAAUAAAUAUAAAUUACUUAUAACAAUAUUUGUCCAGGUUAAAAUAAAAUUUACCUGUGUAACAAAAUGUUUAAAACAUACCUUUCUGUAAUAAUGCAUCAUCUAUAAAAUUAGACACACUAUCAAAAUAUUCAUUUAUUGCAACAUCAGGAUCAUCACUUAGAGAUAACCCCAUGUAUGCAAUAUUAACUGGACGGUAAAAUUCUUCAUUUGUCUUAACCAAGUCAAAUCCAUUACCUUCAGCAGCAUUUACCACAUGUGUGAUACCCAAUGACAGUAAUAAGUUAAGAUUUUGUGCAGUAUUCCUGUAAAAUAGUAGAAUUUUAGAAACAAUAUUUUGAAAUACAUUUUAUUCAUAUUUACACUUACCAAUCUCCAACAUAAAUCCUUGGAUAAACUUCAGAAUAAUCACAUGUUGAAAUUUUUAAUUUUUUAAUUGGUGGCUGUGUACGUGUAAGAACAUUCUGUAGAUCCUCAAAAUCAAUUUCUCUUUUAGAUUCUUUUUUAAAUAUUUUGGCUAUAAAUUCCAUUUCUGAAAAAAAAAAAUGUCAAGACCAAUUAUUGAUAAAG